AUGGACGACAUAAGUAAUCAACUGCAAGGGAAGGAGCUAUAUAAGCACCAGUUUAAGCAGGAUUUCACCACACGCUUGAAUGAGCUUUUGGCUUUUGAUCCCCAGGGUGCGGUUUUAGAGGAGCAAGUAAUAGAGAUUCUGGAAGAUUUAACCAGGACGGCACUCUGGUAUGGUAGAAUAUACAUUGCCGAAGACGAGUCCGACCAGUAUGACAGAAGGUACAUUGGGUAUGGUAUUCAUCAUCCCCACCAUAAGAUUGCCCAGCAGAGGAGCUUCAUGCAGUUGCUCAGAGAGUGUGGUCCAGACUCGGAAGACGUCAGAGAAUUGCGGGACAUAGAAGAGCAAGCAACUCAUGUUGGUCUAAAGGUCUCCAAGUAUCUUAUGCAGAUGAUGGUGGUGACUAACAUAGAGGAAAGAAAGGACAUGAUGAAGCAUUUCAGAGAUACUCAGACGAUGUUGUCAUUCUUAAUGGAUGCUUUUGAAUGGGGCGAGAGAAGCAAUGAUUUUGGAGUAGUAUAUAACAGGAUCAACGUUCUUAUGAAAUACGCACACAAAGAAUUCAUCCUACAGGUUAAGACAGCAAGAAUGGCUGGUGGGAGUAUAGGAUUGAUUCGAAGCCUUCGGCUAACUUUUAACCAUAAAAUCAACCGUGAUGUAUUACUUGAUUACAUCCUUAAGGAGGUUCUUCGAGCUAUUUCUACACUGGAGUCUCUUCUGAGCUUUCCACUACUACCAGAUAGGCCAUGGUUGCUCAUAACAGAUGAAAGAUCAGUAGCUUGGCUGAAUGCGGCGGUUGUGAAUGUGGGAGAAAGGUUGACGGAAAGAAUUGGGUUUAGGGUAAGAGCACUGAUGUUAGAGAAUGCAAGGCAUCAGAAUUUCAAUAAUGUUAAUGCAUUUCUCCAUAGAGUAUUGUAUUCACCAAGAGUUGAAUUGUGGGAAGAUUUGGAAAGAGUGGUGGAAGUGAGGGCAUCCCAAUCCACGGGGCGAAUCCGACUGCAUGUCAGAGGAACAAUCAUUCGACAGUACCCGAAUAGCGCACUGAUUCGGAUCAAAGGUAUCAAGAGCAGGAACGAAGGUGAGUGGUACAUUGGAAAGCGCAUUGUCUACUUCUACAGGGCUAAUGUGAAGAGAAACGGAAGCAAGUACCGCUGCAUUCGGGGAAAGGUUACUAAGCCUCAUAAAGUCAGUGGCAUUCUUCGUGCCGAGUUCAAGUCUUUGCUCCCCAGGGAACUGUUUGACAAGAAUAGGGAUGAUACGAAUCGUCUGGUGAGGAAGGGGUUGAGGGUAUACAUGUAUCGUGCCAGGAUCAACUACAUGUUUGGUCGCAACCGACUCUUCAUUGGAGACUAA